UCUAAUUUUCACGUUGAAAAAAUCGGACGCGUUCUGCGCGUCGCCAGCGCGAAAAUUAAAAAUUAUUCUAAGUGAUUGGAAUAAUAUAUUUAAUUUAUAAAAUAUAUAAGCAAGAGCCAGUAAACGCAUAGAUACAGAAAAGUAUUGAUUUUCGUCCAAGAUGGCGGACGACGAGCAAUUCAGCUUGUGCUGGAACAACUUCAACACGAAUUUGUCGGCUGGCUUCCACGAGUCGCUAUGUCGCGGCGAUCUGGUGGAUGUAUCUUUGGCGGCCGAGGGCCAAAUAGUGAAGGCCCACCGAUUGGUGUUAUCCGUCUGCUCGCCCUUCUUUCGCAAAAUGUUCACCCAGAUGCCGUCGAACAGCCACGCUAUCGUAUUCCUGAACAAUGUAAGCCAUUCGGCGCUGAAGGACCUCAUCCAAUUUAUGUACUGCGGCGAGGUCAACGUGAAACAGGACGCCCUGCCCGCGUUUAUUAGCACCGCGGAAUCUCUGCAAAUCAAGGGGCUAACGGAUAAUGAUCCUGCACCACAACCACCGCAGGAGCCCAGCCCGCCGCCAGCAGCACCUCAUGUACAACAACAACAAUUAUCGGCUCAGCGUGUGCAGCGCCAGCAGCCGCGCGCCUCCGCCCGCUACAAAAUCGAGACCGUGGACGAUGGACUGGGCGAUGACAACAAGGGAACCACCCAGAUCGUCAUCCAGACCACUGCCGCACCCCAAGCCACCAUUGUACAACAGCCACAGCAGCAGCAGGCAACCCAGCAGAUCCAAACGCAGCAGCAGCUGCAAGCGGGAACCACAACAACGGCGACGCUGGUGUCGACAAACAAACGCUCUGCCCAACGCUCCUCCCUGACCUCUGGCUCCUCCUCCAACAGCGGCGUGAAGCGCUCGAAGACAAGCACCUCCACCAAUGUGAUUGACCCGCUCGAUUCGGCUACUGAAACUGGAACCACGACAACCACCCAACUGGUGCCGCAGCAAAUCACCGUACAAACAGCUGUGGUCACCGCGACAGAAACUAAGCUCCACCAGCAAACGCAGCAGGUUCGCCAACAGCAACAGGAGGAAGCUGAGUACAUUGAACUCCCAAUGGAAUUGCCCACGAAAUCGGAACCUGACUACUCGGAAGACCAUGGUGACGCAGCCGGUGACGGCGAGGGCACCUAUGUGGAAGACGACGCUUACGGAGAUAUGCGCUAUGACGAAAGCUACUUCACGGAGAACGAGGAUGCUGGUAACCAAACAACGGCAAAUACAAGUGGCGGCGGAGUGACUGCCACCACGUCCAAGGCAGUAUCUAAGCAAGCGUCGCAGAACUACAGUGAUUCCUCGUUUGUCGACACCAGCGCGGAUCAGGGCAACACAGAGGCUCAAGAUGCGGAGAUCAGUUUUAUCCGAAGCCAGAAAAAGAACGCCCAGCUGGUGUUCCGGAACUACAUCUACAAUAAGAAGCUCACCCAGGCCAAUGGACAAACAACCUGGCGCUGUGCGGAUGUCCUCAAGCUCCGCUGCAAGGCUGUGGUUAUAACUCGGGAUGGACAGUUCAUCGACGCUCGGCGGCAACAUAACCACGAAUCGCACUCAUCGAGGAUUGGCCAACGGCAGCUCUAUAAGGUGGAACAAGAACUGGAGGAGUAUAUAGAAAUCUGCACGUCGAACCCGAAAAUCUCACAGUAUUUGGGCAGCAGCAAUAUCAUUGUGACCGCCAAGGACGGCAAGGACUGCAAGUUGUUCCUUCCUGCUGCCGAGGCCACCGAGAUCGAGAUGCAGGCACUGGUUGACGCCGCCGAGGAAGAGGAGGAGCUGCAGGCCGAGGCGGAGGAGCAGCGGGCACAGCAACGUGACCGCGAAAGAGAGGUCAAUUGGCAGGCUGAAGAAGCCAAACGCCGAUCUCUGCUGAAGACCAAGCCCCUUUAGAAGUUAUUAUCUAGCACUUAACCUCGUAUUAGUCUCGAACAUUGGAAUGGGCCGAUUUAUUUGGCAAACUUCAAACAAACGAGGAGUUGUAUACAAAGGUAUCCAGGAAGCUACAGGAGGGUUUUUUUUUACUUUGUCAAGUUUGAAUUUUCAUGUAAUUUUACCUUAAAAACUAUUCAGCUGUUUAAUAUUCAUAUUAUUUUUAAUUUUGUUAUUUAACUUCCAUGUCCCAUAUUCUAUAAUGUAGAAAUUCUUUUAUAAAUGUGUAUAUAAUGAUUCUUUUAGAAUGGUUUCAUAGUUUUUUUUGUGAAGAACAACAGUUCCAAGAAGAACUACCAAAUCAAAUAUCAAAAUAGCGCCAAAUAUUAAUAGAAUUUUAAUAGUUUAGUUUAGUAGUAAUAAUUUAAGAAAUUUGCCAAACAGAUCGGCCAUUCCAAUCGACCAUAGAUUAAGCCACUUGCUGACUUCUGUAAACGUAUUUCAUAUUUAUGCUGUAAUAAACAGACCAAAACAAAGGA